AUGACAACGCCAUUCUACGGCAAAGAUGGGAUCUACAGGUCCCAAAAGCCACCCGUUGUCCUUCCAGAAGACCCCAACCUCUCUAUGGUCCCAUUUCUCUUCAGGAACUUCCCAUCCCUUUCUCAAAGCACUGCACUAAUUGAUGCCGCCACUGCUGAAUCCUUCACCUUCUUUGAUCUCCUAACCCAAGUUUCCAAGCUCUCGCAUGCCCUCCUUAAGCUUAACAUCAACAAGAACGAUGUUGUUCUCAUUUUCUCCCCAAAUUCAGUUCUUUUCCCCAUAUCAUUCCUUGCUGUUGUCGGCAUUGGUGCCAUCGCCACCACUGUCAACCCACUGUAUACCAUCAAUGAGCUAUCAAACCAAGUCAAUGACUCCAAUCCAAAACUUAUCAUCACUGUCAAUGAACUGCAUCACAAGAUCAAACACUUCAAUCUACCUUGUAUUCUACUAAGUCCUAAGGGAUCAUUUGAUGCGGCUGAUUCUUACAGUACUCUGUUUUGUCAUUACUCAGAUUUGAUUAAUUCAACAUCCCCUGCAUCGUCCGAUUCACCGUGGUCAUCAGCUGUACAAACUGAUGUUGCAGCUCUUCUGUAUUCAUCCGGGACAACGGGUAAAAGUAAGGGAGUUGUUUUGACACACAGAAACUUCAUUGCCACAGCAUCAAUGGUGACACGAGAUCAAGAAUGUUAUGGUAACUCCAAGAACGUAUAUUUAUGCUUCCUUCCCAUGUUUCAUAUAUUUGGAUUGUCUGUGGCUGUAUAUGCACAGCUGCAGAAAGGGAAUACGGUGGUAGUGAUGGAAAGGUAUGAGAUGGAGAAAGCAUUGCAUGCUGUUGAGAAGUAUAAAGUGACACACAUGUAUGCUGUGCCACCAGUGGUGGUAGCUCUGGGGAAGCAGAAAAAGGUGGUGAGUAAGUAUGACUGCUCAUCAUUGAGGGAAAUUGCAUGUGGGGCUGCACCUUUGGGGAAAGAUGUGAUUGAGGAAUGUGCCAAGAAUUUCCCUCAAGCUGUGAUUGUUCAGGGCUAUGGGAUGACGGAAACAUGUGGAAUUAUUUCAAGAGAGGAUGUAAAGACAGGACCUCCCCAUUCUGGUUCAACUGGAGUUCUUGUUCCUGGAGUGGAAUGCAAAAUACUGGAUGUGGAUACUGCAGAACCUCUUCCACCUUUCCAAAAGGGGCAGAUUUUGGUUCGUGGACAGAAUAUGAUGCAAGGUUAUUUCAAAAAUCAAAUAGCCACAAAUGAAACCAUAGAUAAGCAGGGCUGGGUGCACACUGGAGAUCUUGGCUAUUUUGAUGACAAAGGACUAUUAUAUGUCGUGGACAGGAUCAAAGAGCUUAUCAAAUAUAAAGGCUUCCAGGUGGCACCAGCAGAACUUGAAGAGCUUCUGCUAACUCACCCUGAGAUAUCAGAUGCUGCCGUUAUACCGCUCCCAGAUGCCGAAGCUGGGGAAAUCCCUGUAGCAUUUGUUGUUCGUUCAUCUAAUAGCUCUCUAGCAGAAAGGGAAGUUCAAAAUUUCGUUGCAAAACAGGUUACACCAUAUAAGAGAUUGCAUAGAGUGAUUUUCUCUCGAAGCAUUCCCAAGUCAGCCUCAGGAAAGAUUCUGAGAAGAAAGCUAAGACAGAAAGCUCAGUCAAAGUUGUAGAUGUUUGACUGAAGGCUAUAUGGUUUUAUUAUAAAUGCUUUCUGGUAUGUUGUGGUUGAAUUGUGACUUUCUUCCCUCUUCACCAGUCUUGAUGACUUAACUGCUGUUUAAUUUAUGCAAUUUCUCUUUCUUUCUUAU